AUAUUGAUGAACCUUAAUUUUACAGAUCAACAACCAUAGAACCAAAUACAGAACAGAAACAGCAUUCACCCAUUAACAGACAAAUAAAUUAAUCCCAGAAACAAAGAAAGAAACCAAGAAAGAAAUCUAGACAAAGAAAGAAGCUUCUUUUGAGAGAGAAGAGAAGAGAGAAGAAACCAAUUCAAUCUCUCUCCUUCUCUUUCUCUCUGUAUAUUGUUUGUCUUCUCUUUGGGUAUUUUCUCUCUUGAAAAGAUGUUUUCGAAGCUAAGAAAAUUAGAUGCACACCCAAAAAUAAAUGAGGAUUUCUACAGUACAACUCUUUCUGGUGGUGUUAUUACCCUUGUUUCCUCCGUUGUUAUGCUCUUGUUAUUCCUCUCCGAGCUAAGAUUAUAUCUCAGAGCAACUGCUGAAACAAAGCUUGUUGUAGAUACAUCCAGAGGAGAAACUCUUCGUAUCAAUUUCGAUGUUACUUUUCCUUCCUUGGCAUGUUCCAUGCUCAGUGUUGACGCGAUGGAUAUUAGUGGAGAGCAACAUCUCGAUAUAAGACAUGAUAUAAUUAAGAAAAGAAUAGAUUCACAUGGCAAUGUUAUCGAGUCCAGGCAAGAUGGAAUUGGUGCUCCAAAGAUUGAAAAGCCUUUACAAAGACAUGGCGGCAGGCUGGAACACAAUGAAACAUAUUGUGGUUCAUGCUAUGGAGCAGAAGUGUCAGACGAAGAUUGUUGCAACUCAUGUGAAGAAGUCCGUGAAGCAUACAGGAAGAAAGGUUGGGGCCUCGGCAAUCCUGAAUUAAUUGACCAGUGCAAAAGAGAAGGUUUCUUCCAGCAGAUAAAAGAUGAAGAAGGUGAAGGAUGCAAUAUUUAUGGGUUCUUGGAAGUAAAUAAAGUAGCCGGGAAUUUUCACUUUGCUCCUGGGAAAAGCUUCCAUCAGUCAAAUGUCCAUGUGCAAGAUUUGCUGGCUUUCCAGAAGGACAGUUACAAUAUAAGUCACAAAAUCAACAAAUUGUCUUUUGGAGAGUACUUCCCUGGAGCUAUGAAUCCUCUUGAUGGGGUGCAAUGGAUGCAAGAAGUGCCGAAUGGAAUGUAUCAGUAUUUCAUUAAGGUGGUUCCUACUGUAUACACUGAUAUAAGUGGUCACACCAUCCAGUCAAAUCAGUUUUCGGUAACGGAGCACUUUAGGGGCGCUGGAUAUGGUCAGUCUCGGUCUAUUCCUGGAGUUUUCUUUUUUUACGACCUGUCUCCAAUUAAGGUGACGUUUACCGAGGGUCACGUGUCAUUCUUACACUUCCUGACAAAUGUGUGUGCUAUAGUUGGAGGCGUCUUUACAGUUUCUGGGAUAGUUGAUUCGUUCAUAUAUCAUGGUCAAAAGGCGAUCAAGAAGAAGAUGGAAAUCGGAAAAUUCAGCUAAGAUCAUACCAUCCCUCUGAAUCUGCAUAUAUUUGGCUCAACUUUUCUUGCCAGUCAAAGGCCUCUGGUUGAACGCACGAAGGGUGGGAGCACAAAAUGAUACAUAGAUACAUCCUUCGUAAAAACGGUGGGCUAAUUCAUUCACAGCUAAACUUAAAAAGUUCUAAAGAUUGACAGAUGAGUUGAGAAAAACUCUCACUUUUUUUGCUGUUUACAGACCACACUUCAGUUUUACCAGUUGUAAUUCAAUAGUUGAGGAUGAUUUGUUUAAAAAGGUGACAAGGAAGUUUUCAAAUCGCCUAGAGGUUCUCAUAACAUGCAAUCAUAUAGUUACAGAGUUUAAUUAUGCUGCUGUACCAAUCUCUUUGUUGUGCUGCAAUCUGGAUGCUUUAAAUCCCAACCCAUUUGCAGUUCAUGUGAGAUUUAAAUCCCCAAGUCAUGGUCCUACCUUUUGAUCGUGUGGAGAUUAUGACCUCACUCUUGUACUGCUCAUAGUUCGUGUUUAGGCCAUGAACUUGUAGACUGAACAUUGGUUGCAAUAGCACAUUCAAGUUUACCGUU